CAAAAAAUUGGGAAAUCCUUCAAAAUGGUAGACCGACUUGAGAAAAAGUUUAAAAAUUGAAUUAUUCGUUUUCCCGGACGUUUUCCUUACAUAUUGAUGUAUUAAGUAAUAUCCCACCUCCGGAACAUGGAUUCCACAGAUAUAUCUGAUACCAUUUACCAAAAGAGGAGCCUGGGCAACAAAUUAUAUAAAUGGAAAAAGACUGGUACAUUUUGUGAUCUUAUCAUAAAGACACAAUACAAUGUAACCCUUCUUGUACACAAGGUCAUCAUAUGCGCCUCUAGUGAAUUCCUAAAAGCAAUGGUGGUUGCACAAGGAUCCAGACUUCCGACACUUAAUCUGAGUAGAUUUAAUAUUGGGAAGGAUAUAAUGGAAUUGUUGGUAGAUUUCAUGUAUGAUCAGCCCAUUCAACCUUCAUGGGACAAUAUUGAAGCUGUGACCUCUGCAGCAAGAGCCAUUGGAUUGGAUGAACUUUUGGAGAUAUUUCGGGAGAAUGAACAGUGUGCAAACAUUAAGGGCGAUGUCAAUGAUGAUGGCACAGAAUAUAGUGAUAUCAAACAGGAGUCAAUGGAGAGUGGUAACCUUGGUGAUGACAACUGUUGGGAGACUGAAGAUGUUAGAAAGACUGGAACUGCAGAUGAUGUAAACUUCUCGAGAGAUGAAUAUGACCCUCUCAGUGAUAUUGAUUCUGAUAACCUAAAUGAUGAUUAUGAUGAACUAAAAGAUGACAUUGAUCAACAAAAUGAUGACAAAAACAAAUCUCAGCAAAAUAAUGCCAACAAACAGCUUAUUUAUUGCAAUCAAUUAAAAAAUGAUGAUGGUCCUAAGUUAAGUGAUGAAAAUGAUCAAUUAAAUCAUGAGGGUAAUUUAAACAAUGGUGCAGUUGGUCAACCUUAUGUUACCUCAAGCUAUGACAAAGAAUGGAAGAAUAGCAAUGAGGAAAACCAUUCAGUACACUCUGGAUUUAAUUUAAAAGAAUGUUCCAUUCUUGUGAAGCGAAUAAAAUCAGAAACAUUGAAAACUAUAAGUCAAAAAAACUCUUAUGGACAGUUAUGUCCGAAUGGAUUCUCUUUCUAUGAUAAAACAGCUGAAGAUGACUUUUAUACAUGUAAAAAAUGCACGAAAACAUUUGUGUAUAUAAAUGCACUGAGAGAUCAUGUAGGUUUGAAUCAUUUGAAUCAAAAAUCUAAGACACAGUGUAACUUGCUUUGUAAAACGUGUGAUGAAAGUAUCAUGGUAAAAGAUUGGAAACUCCAUCAUAGCACUAAACACAAUCAUGAAGAUGCGGAGUACACUUGCACUCAGUGUAAUGCAAUUUACAUUCAUGAUUUAGAUCUACUUUGUCAUAUUGCUGAACAUGCUGGUAAUGUGGAUAUAUGCACUAUAUGUGAUAAAACAUUCAGUACGGAACAGGAAGUGACAUCACACUGGAUGAUGUAUCACACUCAUUGUGAUAUCAUGUUCUGUCAUAUAUGUGGUCGUGUGUGCCCAACAAAGAAGAUACUUCAGGAGCACAUUAUCAAUGAUCAUGCUAUACAAUAUAUUGAGGUGAUAUUAAAACUACAGGAUCCAAUAACGGGUGAGGAUAUGCAGACCAAUGAUAGCAAAUGUGGUGCACACAAGUGCCAAAAAUGCGCAAAAGUCUUCCCACGUCCAAAUAAGCUUGAAUCUCACUAUAUGAACACACAUACAAACUUAAAGCCAUUUACAUGUGACUUAUGUAAAGCUCAAUUUGGAACACAAAGUUUACUCAAUGUCCACAAAAAGAGACUCCAUACUGUUGAAGGAAGGUUCAUGUGUGAUCGGUGUGGUAAUGAGUAUCUAAACCUACUACAACUCAAAAGUCACAUUCAGAGACACAAGUUUAGAAACAGAAAAAAUAGAAUACGCAAAAGAUCCAGGUUAAAAAAUUCUGACACCCAACCAUACAUAAAACCAGAAAUGUCACAUUUGACAUCAGGCGAAAACCCGCAGAAAUAUAUUAAAGCCAAGGUUAACCUUCAAGAUCCGAUCACAAAUGAGGACAUGUUUACAACAGAUAGUAAGCCUGGGAUGCACAAAUGUCGAAAAUGUGCAAAAGUCUUCCCACGUCCAAUUAAACUUGAGGCCCAUUACAUGAACACACAUACAAACUUAAGGCCAUUUCCAUGUGACUUAUGUGAGUUUAAAUACAGCACGCAAAGCUUAUUGAAUACCCAUAAAAAGAGGUGGCAUACCAUUGAACAAGGAAAUUUUACAUGUGAUCAAUGUGGGAAAGAAUAUCCAAACCUGUUUAGGCUUAAGAGCCAUAUGUUAAUACACAAAUACAAACAUAUUAAACGAGUCAGAAAAGACAGGCCACCAAAACCAGCCACUUGUCAAAUAUGUCAUCAAAACUUUCAGUCGAGAGCAUUAAUGAGUGCACACCGAGUUAAGAUUCAUUCUGUAAAACCAUUUGCUUGUAAAGAAUGCCCUAAGAGAUUUUAUAAAGCAAGUGUAUUAGAUAGACACAUAGGAAAUAAUCACACUACGUGCACACCGUAUAGUUGUGCAAUUUGUGAUUUCAAGUUCCCGACUAAGAGCUCACUAAGUGGACACAUAAAACUACAUGCUAAAGGGAAGCAAAUGCCUAAGGAACAAAGGGUACUGAAAAGUCAGGCUAAUUUACCCAUACAGUGUGAAUUAUGUGGUGAAGUCUGUCUUGGAAAGGAGUACAAGACCCAUAAAACCACAAAACAUGGGACACCUUCCUGGCCUCCUCUGGGUGAAGGAUCAGUUGAUGGCAAAAUUUACAAAUGCUUCAAUUGUGAACAAAUGUUUGAAGAAUUUAAAUUAUAUAAAAAACACUUUGUAGUAAGUCAUUCAAACGUAGCCUCACAUCAGUGUGCCAAAUGUAAUGAAAGUUUUUUAACUAAAACAAGUUUGGCUAAUCAUAUGAAAGAAUGUCAUAGUGACAGAACAUUUAACUGCACAGAAUGUGAGAGAAAAUUUGAGACGGCAAAGUCACUAAAAGAUCAUCAACUCAUCCAUUGCAUUUGUAACGUCUGUAACAAACAACUGUCAUCUAGGAAAACAUUAUAUCGUCAUAAGCGCCAUCUCCAUGGUGACGACAAACCAUAUCAAUGCAAUCAGUGCAAACAGAGGUUUAUAAUACCAUCUGAGCUCAAUGUUCACAUCCAACAUAAACAUAUUGGAAAAAUCUAUUGUUCUAUAUGUGACAAACAUUUCCCAAACUUAAAUUUAUUACGUAAACACAGGGUGCUAACUCAUAAAACAGGCAAACUCGAUACAAGUCCGACUCCAUGUGAUGUAUGCGGUAAAAGCCUUAAAGGAACAUCUGGUUUGAGAGUCCAUAUGCAAAAUGUACAUGGAGCUUCAUCAAAAUCUGUGCAAUGUCAUAUAUGUGGUAAAGAAUUUCACUCCAGGAAAUACUGUAGUGCCCAUAUAAGGCGAGUUCAUACUGAGAAGGAUGUAGCUGAUAUUACGUGCGUUCAUUGUGGUAGCACAUUUUCAGCAAAGUCGAGUAUGCUACGUCAUGUUUCUCUACAACAUCCAAAUGUAUCGCCACCUUUGCCAUUGCAGUGUAAACAUUGUUCUGAAAUAUUCAGGGAAGAAAAACAUUUAGAAAAUCAUAUUUUAGUGUCACAUUAGCAUAUAACACAUAUUGUCCAGAAAAUAUUGUAUACAAUUAUUGUAAAGUAUUGUACAAAUAUUUAUUGAUUUAAAGCUUUUCAAGCUUUGUAUGCAGUAUAAAUUGAGUUAUUAAGAAAUAAAUAUGCUCAAAUAUAAA